AUUCGAGUAGUGUCGAGUAGGUAAAAGCCAUGUCAAGUGACACAGUUGUAGUGACUGAUGGUGAAAAUCAAUCGACGAUAGAAGUGAGUGACUCUAACGUCACUGAGGUUUUGUUCGAUUCGGAGGGACUCGAUCCCGCGGAAGUUGUUGUUGAAGAACAUGCUGAAAAGCAGGAGAAACUUAUCCAAUUCCCGCUUUCGCGAGUGCGUGCCUUGAUGAAGUCUGAUCCAGAAUUUCAAUUGGCAAGCAAAGAGGCUGUGGUUAUUAUAGCGAAAGCUGCGGAAAAAUUUGUGGCUUCCAUCUCGGAAGAAGCUGGGCGAUUAAUGCAGCAACGCAAAAAGAAAACCUUGCAACCCCGGGAUGUAGCUGAAUGCAUCCAGAACGACCCGAACCUUGAAUUCCUUGACGGGGCGAUGGACGAAGUGCUCACUGUUCAGUAAAUGUCGCGCCCAUUCCGUUCUGAAACGCGUGAUACAUGUGUUCGGCAUGGAAUAGUAUUGAUGGUGUGAAUUCGAAUCCAGGGAACGAAGCUCAGAUGACAAUUUUUGCACUGCCGAUGUGAAGUAAACUGUGCUGGGUGUUUUUUAUGUA